CAUGGAGGAAUUCUUUAUAGUCGUGGGCGUAAAGAUUUAUUAUCAACUAUUGCUAAAAAUAUCGAGUAUAGUAAAACCACUGUACAUGAUACUCUAAAACGGUAUGCUGAAACAGGUUCUACGGUGCCAAAAAAACGUCCAGCAAAGAGAAAAAAUCAGAAGGUUUUUGUUUCAAUACUCCAUUGUGCUUUAAGAAAAUGUGGUCUUCGCUCAUGUGUUGCAUAUCACAAGCCAUUAAUUUCUGCAAGCAAUAAGCAAAAUGUGGUCUGGUCAGAUGAAUCGGUUUUAAAACAAUUUUCACAAAAUCACAAUACACAGGUUUGGCAUACCUUGACUGAAGAGUUUGAUGAAUCAUGUCUUGUUCCUACAAUAAAACACAGUCCUGGUCGAUCAAUAAUUCCUAUCUGUGAUAGGAUGAAUGGUGAAGCUUAUGUUAAUCUUUUAAGAAGACAUGCAAUUCCUGCUGUAUAUCAAUUG